AUGCCCUCGCUUCCUCAGAGCUGCGACGUUCUCGUCGUCGGUGGGGGAAACGCGGGCUUCUCAGCUGCCAUAGCCUCAGCUCAAGCUGAAGCAAAGAAGGUCGUAAUCAUUGACAAGUGCCCGGAAGAUUGGGCUGGCGGCAACUCCUACUUCACAGCAGGAGCUAUGCGAACUGUCCACGAUGGCCUCUCAGAUCUUCUCUCCGUCGUCAACAACUGCGACGAUGCUACCUCCAAAAUCAUUGAUCUUGACCCGUACACCCGAGAAGACUUUUCGAAAGAUAUGGCACGCAUAUGCUUGGGGAGAUCAGAUCCUCAUUUGAGCAAAAUUCUUAUUGAUGACUCAAAUGGUGCUAUCAAAUGGCUGGCUCGUAAUGGCAUUCGUUUUCAAUUAUCAUUCAACCGACAAGCGUAUAUGGUAAAUGGCCGAUACAAGUUUUGGGGCGGUAUGGCUCUCAAAACCCAAGACGGCGGUAAAGGCCUGAUCGAAGACCACAAACGUGCAGCCGCUAGACAUGGUGUCCAAGUAUUCUAUUCAACAGCUGCAACACGCCUCAACCGGGACCCCAUCAGUGGCGCCGUUAUCUCCGUCGACGUCGAGCACGCCAGCCAAUCCUUCACCAUCAACGCCGGAGCCACCAUCCUAGCCGCAGGCGGUUUUGAGGCUAAUCCCCGUAUGCGCUCGCAGUAUCUGGGGCCAGGAUGGGACCUCGCGUCGGUGCGGGGGACCCCCUAUAAUACCGGCGACUUGUUCGAGAUCGCAAUGCGCGAUGUUUCCGCUAAACAAGCAGGGAAUUGGUCGGGCUGUCACAGCACGGCUUGGGAUGCCAACGCCCCCGCAAACAGUGGUGACCGUGCUGUAUCAAACGAAUUCACCAAGUCAGGAUAUCCAUUAGGCGUAAUGAUAAACGCUGAUGGCCUCCGCUUUGUAGACGAGGGCGUAGACAUGAGGAAUUUCACCUACGCCAAAUUUGGCCGCGCCAUCCUCCAACAACCUCAAGGCAUCGCAUUCCAAGUCUGGGACUCGCGCACAAUCCCAUGGCUCCGUGACGAAGAAUACCGGGACGCCGUCGUUGAGAAACUCCGCGGCAACACAAUCGAGGAGCUUGCAGAUCGCUGUAGCGAGAAAGGCAUGCAGAACCGCUCAGCCUUCAUUCAGACCUUGAGAGAAUACAACGCAGCGGUCUACAAACAUCGCGAGGAGAACCCCAACAUCAAAUGGGACCCAGCGAUCAAAGACGGCAUGUCAACCCAAUCGUCAUCCUCCGGACUAGCCUUGGCCAAAUCAAACUGGGCAUUACCGAUCGACAAAGCACCCUUCAUCGCCGUCAAAGUUACCGGAGGUGUGACAUUCACAUUCGGGGGCCUGGCGGUCAAUCCGGAAACCGCAGCCGUCAUUUCCUCGACUUCGAUGAACGAAGUGCCGGGCCUGUUUUGCGUUGGCGAGAUGCUCGGCGCCCUGUUCUACGAUAACUACCCAGGCGGAUCAGGCUUGACCUCUGGUGCCGUCUUUGGCCGGAGAGCGGGGACCGCUGCGGCCGAACUGGCUAGGAGGCUGGAUGUGAAAGCUAAGGAGAAGUAUGCAGUCGUAGGAGCUCGGCUUUGA